AAACGUUGUCUAGUUUCAAAUGUUAUUAAAAUGUCACUCAUGUACAUUUGACCUUCGGUGGUUUGCUAAACAACCAAGGCAUUUAAAACACGAUGGAAAUGAUCGCUACUGACGGCGACGUAGAGAUGACGUCAUUUUCCCUAGAAUCAGAAGACAGAACACAUCCCAUACAGAGAAAGAUUAAGAUGAUCAUGAAGAAUUUGUUUACAGUUUUAUUGGUAGUGGCCUACGUCAUAUACUUCUCCUUCUCCAUGGUGAUGAAUUUUGAGAAGGCUAUUCCACUUCUGUGUGUGACUGCGUUUCUAUGUUUCUGCCUUGGAUAUUCAUUUGUGAAGAAAAGAUUCGGAGCUCGAAUGUCAGAAAUCGUGAGAAAAUGUACAAAAGGGAAAACAUUCUCUAUUUCCAACUCAAGAAAACUCAGUAUACUUGUAUAUGGUGGGACAGCGCUAACACUGACUGGAAUCAUUGUCAUAAUCAAUCUAUCCACACCCAGAAACCUUGUUUCCCUCGCUGGGAUUUUGGCGCUGUUGCUGCUAAGUUGGCUUAUCUCCUACCACAAAACGAAGAUUGAUCCCCGACCUGUCGUGUGGGGCCUGACGCUGCAGUUCCUUCUUGGACUGUUCGUACUUAGGACCAGCAUUGGGCAGACGACGUUUUCUUUUCUUGGGAAACAAGUCGAGAAUUUUUUAAGUCACGUCAUUGGUGGAGUGGAGUUUGUUUUUGGCGAAAACUACAAAGAUUUUGAAUUUGCUUUCAAGCUGAUGCCAACUGUAAUAUUUGUGAAUGCUGUGGUAUCCAUUUUGUAUCACUUUGGGGUAAUGCAGGCCGUCAUUGAGAAAUUGGCGGUUGUAAUGUACUACACAAUGGGGACGUCUUCCGCAGAAACAAUGUGCACCGCAUCCAGUAUCUUCCUCGGGCAGCCAGAAGCUUCUUUCACCAUACGUCCAUAUCUGGAGAAGAUGACACAUUCUGAACUGCAUGCCAUUAUGACGGCAGGAUUUGCUAGUGUUACCGCUGACGUUUUCGGAUUAUUCGUUAUUUACGGAAUUUCGUCGAAACACAUCCUCACUGCAGUUUUGAUGUCGGCACCAGCUGGACUGGCUGUAUCCAAAAUAAUAUACCCUGAAGUUGAUGAACCGGAAACAAGAGACCUCUCAAAGUUGAGAGAAUUUAAGAGCUGCAGAGAAACUGCCAAUGUGGUCGAUGCGGCUGCUAAAGGAGCUACGGAAGCCAUCUAUGUGGUGUUUGCGGUGGUCGCCAGUCUGAUUGCCUUUCUCAGCAUACUACACUUCAUGAACGCCGUCAUUGCAUACCUUGGAAGUCUAGUGGAUAUCCAAGGUCUUUCACUUGGUGUGAUUGUGUCCUUUGUUCUGAUUCCUUUUGUCUUUCUGAUGGGUGUUCCGUGGUCGGACUGUCGUGUUAUUGGGGAGGUGGUGGGACUAAAAACCAUCAUCAAUGAAUUUGUGGGGUAUGAGAGACUUGGUACAUACAUCAAGGCCAACAGAGUGUCGAGGAGAGCAGAGACAAUAGCAACAUACGCACUUUGUGGUUUUUCUAACCCAACAACUAUUGGCAUCACCUUAUCCGGGCUUGGUGUACUUAUUCCUUCGCGUAAGGAUGUUUUGGCAAAAUUAGUCGUGACGUCAUGGAUUGCUGGCAGCUUCGCCUGCUUCCUCACGGCUUGCUUUGCAGGGCUGAUGUACACGGAGGAGAUAGAAAAUAUCCAUUACUCUCUACCAUCCAAUAUCACUCUGAAUAUGACGACGACAUCUCCAGUUUUGUGAAGAAAUCCCAGAUCAGAAUAAUACAUUUUAAAGGGUUUUAAUUCAUUAUUAUCAUUACAAUCACAUGUAUAUUUCAUGAAUCUGGUACAUAUAUGUAUCAUUAAAGUUUUGUGAGAUUGACGAUGAUACAGCGAUUCUGAUUGGUGGAAAAUCUAGCAAAAAAGUCACGCUAUUGCUCGAAACGCCGUUUUGAAAAUUUUAACGCAUACCAUGGGAUUCGUAACUUUUCAUCUGAUGAAAUAUUAAAUAUUGUUCUAAAAAUCAAUAAAUUAGAAAUAGAUAA